AUGCCGAGCGUGGGUGUGAAGCUCUACAGUGUUUUCUUCAAGUUCCUUUUGAAGCACCGUUUGCAGAACCGGAUUCAGUCCGCCGGUGACGACUCCUCCUCGGAUCCGUUCGGCGUCACGACCCGACCCGAGGAAUCCGUCGCUUCUCCGAAUCCGUUAUUCACCGACGGCGUCGCCACGAAAGACAUCCACAUCGAUCCGUUAACUUCCUUAUCCGUACGGAUUUUCCUUCCCGAAUCCGCCCUCACGCCGCUCGAACCGAGCGCCGCCGGUAACCAUUCCGGUAAGGCUCGAAAUCUCAACCACAUUGCCGGAUCGGAUCUUCUCAUAAGAAGAAACAGCCACGGCUCGUCUAAUUCGUUGUUGUCUCACAAGUCAGAAUCCAGAAGGUACAGUCACGGUUACACCAGCGGGUCCUCCUCCCCGGAGAAUGUCGGCUCGGGAUCCUCCGACGUGUACAGAGGGUACGCACCGGCGUCGUCUUCGGCUGGACACUUCAGAAAACUCCCCGUGAUGCUGCAGUUCCACGGUGGUGGAUGGGUGAGUGGAAGCAAUGACUCAGUGGCCAAUGAUAUCUUCUGCAGAAGGAUGGCGAAGCACUGCGACGUCAUUGUGUUGGCCGUCGGGUACCGGCUUGCGCCUGAGAACCGGUACCCGGCGGGGUGUGAGGACGGAUUCAAGGUGUUGCAAUGGCUGGGGAAGCAGGCGAAUCUGGCUGAAUGUAAUAAGUCGAUGGGAAAUUCACGGCGGCCUGGAGGAGAGGUGAAGAAAUCAGAAGUGAAUAAGCAUAUAGUUGAUGCUUUUGGUGCAUCCAUGGUUGAGCCUUGGCUCGCAACUCAUGCUGAUCCCUCGAGAUGUGUGCUUCUUGGCGUGAGCUGUGGUGCCAACAUAGCAGACUAUGUAUCCCGCAAAGCCAUUGAAGCUGGUCAAAAUUUAGCCCCUGUAAAGGUUGUGGCUCAAGUCCUAAUGUACCCGUUCUUCAUCGGUAGCGCUCCCACACAGUCCGAGAUCAAACAAGCAAACUCCUACUUCUACGACAAGCCCAUGUGCAUUCUCGCGUGGAAGCUUUUCUUACCAGAAGAAGAAUUCAGCUUGGACCACCCGGCAGCGAACCCGCUCGUUCCAGGCCGAGGCCCACCGCUCAAGUUCAUGCCGCCGACACUGACCAUUGUCGCAGAGCAUGACUGGAUGAGAGACCGAGCCAUCGCUUACUCAGAAGAGCUAAGGAAAGUCAACGUAGACGCUCCUGUGCUAGAGUACAAAGACGCGGUUCACGAGUUUGCAACGCUCGACAUGCUUCUUAGGACUCCGCAAGCUCAGGCUUGUGCAGAAGAUAUAGCCAUCUGGGUCAAGAAAUACAUCUCCCUCCGUGGCCACGAGUUCUCAUACUAG